UAUUGAAACAUUAGAAUAGUAAGAAUGAGAAAAGCUGAAAUCUCAACGUCGAUCAUUUACGUCGGCCAUGCCUUAGACAAUCUCUAAUGUAUUCCUCUAUUUUUUUUUUCUAAAAUAGAGGAAUUUCAUAAUAGAGAUGGAUUUGUCUCCGAUAUAUUUUUAUAUUUUCUCUCCUAAAAAGAAUACUAUUGAUAUAUUCUUUUCGAAGUUUACAAAUGGAAAGGUGAAAACCAGCCUAAUUUAUUUUAGCAUUUUAUAAAAUUACGAUAUUAUUUACACUAAAUAUUUCUUUACAAACUAUUAUGUAAAAAAAAUAUAAUUAUAUUUAUAUAAAUAAUAUAUUUCACUAAAAAAAAUUUUCCGGUUAUAAUUGUUUAAGUAAAAAUUUAAAGUAUCAUUUUGUAAAAACAAAUAGAGGAGGUGACAUGGCAAAAAUAUAGUUUCUCAUUGGCCGAUUAUUUUUGCCUACGUGGAUACUCUAUCUUAGGCUUAUAUCCUCCAGUUUAAUUAAAAUCUGUAAUAUUUAAAGUUUUUUUGAACAAAUAUUCAAAAACUAUUACUUUAGAAAACUGUCAUUUAAUAUAUAAAUUUAAUCAAUUACACAGUAGUUUACAUAAUUUAAUUGGCAACACAAUAUCCAAUAAAUAUAAAGUUACAUUGAAAUAUAAAAAUAAUUUAUAUAGUGAAACAAAAAAUACUUUUAAGCCAUUAUAUUAUAAAGCAAAGGGAAUAUUCAAAUUAUAUUGAAACAUUAGAAUAGUAAGAAUGAGAAAAGCUAAAAUCUCUACGUCGAUCAUUUACGUCAGCCAUGCCUUAGACCAUUUCCAAUGUAUUCUUCUAUUUUUUUUUUCUUUAAAAUAGAGGAAUUUCAUAAUAGAGAUGAAUUUUUCUCCGGUGUAUUUUUCUAUUUUCUCUCCUGAAAAAGAAUAUUUUUGAUAUAUUCUUUUCUAAGUGUACAAAUAAUACUUUUUAUUUGUGAAAGUUGAAAACCAACCAAAUUUAUUUUAAUAUUUUAUAAAAUUAUGAUAUUAUUUACACUAAAUAUUUCUUUACAAACUAUUAUGUAAAUAAAAAAUACAAUUAUAUUUCUAUAAAUAAUAUAUUUUCACUAAAUAAAUAUUUUCGGUUAUAAUUGUUUAAAUAAAAAAUUAAAGGAUCAUUUUGUAAAAACAAAUAGAGGAGGUGACAUGGCAAAAAUGUAGUUUCUCAUUGGCCGAUUAUGUUCGCCUACAUGGACACUCUAUCAAAAGCUUAUAUCAUCUUUUUAUUACUUGUUUGAUAAUAAGUGUACCUAAUUUAUAUAUUCAUUUUUUUAAAUAAACUAAAUGGUAUUUUUUAACUUAAAAACAAUUUUCAUACAAAAAAAUUAAAACAAUUUUUGUAAAAACAAUGUUGUAUGAGUUAAAUACACUAAAACUUCUACAAAAUUAUUAUUAUUUAAUAUACUAUUUUUUAUCAUAAACAGAAUAAUAUUUGACAAUCUAACUAUAGUUAAAAUAUUAUUCAUUGAUUAAAACAAGUGUAAAAAUAUAAUCUAGAUAUUCACACUUUAUUUUACUUUUACCACUAAAUACUAUUAAUUUUACAGUUACUAUCUUUUAUCUUUUGUAAUGUUUAUAUACGUUCUAACGUAAUGUUUUUUCUUAUAUGCUUGAUUACAAUAUUAAGGAUUAAUGCAUCUAUUUAAUUGUUUAGGGGAAUUUAGAAUAUAUUUUUGGUCCAAAACUAUGAUCCAAAACCAUUGUUUUCAUAUUUUCAUUUUUAGUAAAAACAUUUUCUGUUUUGAAUUAAUAUCACAUUCUAAUUCGAUACAACUUCAUUGAUUUUUAUUUCCGAAAAAUUUCUGUCAUAGUUUUUUUUCUUACUUCUAAUUAACUUUAGUUUUUAUUGUUUUUGUUAAACUUCAUACAUUUUUGUGAUUUUUAAACUUUUUUUAAUUUUUUGUGAACAUAAAUGAAAAACGUUGACAUGUUGUUGUUUAAUGUGGUAUUAGUUUGUCUUCUCUUAUGGUUUCCUUAUAUUUCGUACUCUUUUUGUGAGGACUCAACCUUGGACAACACUUGGUUCAAAACAUAUGGUAUUUACAUGAUAACUUGCGAGAGAAUUUUUUUUUUAAAAAGACAUUUAGUUACCAAAUGAAGUUAAUUAAGUAGAUAACUAAUGUUGCACCAAAAAAAACAUUUUAUUAGUUCAUGAUGCAUGCUGCUCAACAGGAUUACUUACGAAGGAUGAGUUGUUUUGUUUCACAGAUUGUUAAAGUGUUAAUGUCAGCGUUCAUUAUAGAACAGUCGAUUAGUCACAAAAAAAAAAGAGAACAGUCGAUGGUUAGAGGGGUUCAAGUCAUGGUUUAGUUGCCAAGAGCUUCAAUGGUCAAGUUCAAAAAAGAAAUAAAUGCGCUGAACUGAAUCUCAAUCAAUUAAGAUCAAUGUGUAAGAAUCUCUACUCGAGAUAGUGGUGACUAUUUAUAUUAGACUUGUUUUUAAUGUGCAUACACUGAUUUGAGAAGAACUUGAUAAGUACUGGACAUAGAGUAUACAUCACGCAAAUGUUUGUUCUCUCCUCACUCCAUUUCAGAAUCUCUAUAGCUAAAUUGAGAGGUGAUGUUCGGGUGCACGCUCUUGCACGAAGAAACUUGAACUUAACUGGCAUGUAAUUGAAUGCAAGCUGACCCAAAGUGGAGUGACCACUGUUGAAACUUGAAACGGUAAAAACUGACCACAUGAUUAUAGGUCUUGGAACUCAAAUGACUUCAGAAGUGUUACAUCCCUUCCGCCAUAUGGAAACUUUUUUGAAUGAGAGAUUCUUAUCACAUUGGGUUUUCAAUAUGCUACUACAUAGAUAAAAAGAGAGUGGAAUUUAAAAAUAUAAUAGUGAAAAUACUUAUACCUUGGAGAAAGAUUAAACUUGGGAAGCCUGACGAUGGAACUGUAGAGGACCUCUCAGACAUUAUAGAGUUCCAUUGCGAUGAACCUUCAAAUUAGCAUAUGUGUUGUGUGCUUAAAACUAUAUGAAUCCUAUAUACCUGAGAGCAGAUUUCUUUCCUUCAGACACCAAAGAGCACAGUGUAUAGUAGUUAUAAGCUAAUACCACUCUUUUGGAGUAAACCAAAGUGAUUCAGUUGAAACCUGCAGUGAGCAUCAAUGCUUAGCCACCUGAUCAAAAAGCAUCAACGCUUAGCCACCUGAUCAUGGAAACAAAACAACUAAUACCAGAGGGAAGCAUAAUAGAUAGAUGGAACAUGUAUGACGUAUCUCCUCGAUAAUGGGAACGUCUAUUUCACAACUUUGUACUUUGGAGAACACAUGACUAAACAAAAGAAGGGGUUGGACAGUAUUUAUUUUCACAUAUGUGGGCACAAAGGUUCAUAUUGUUAAAAAAAGGUUCUCAGCUCUAAGGUAAAAAAAUUGUUAAGUAGUAAUGUAAGAACUUACCUGUGAAGUAUGGUCAUCAUCCUCUGAAUCCUCCAGACCUGUAACCAAUAGCAGUUAACAUAAAGCCCCAAACUAAUUCUGGAACACUAAUUAAAGUGUGAGUGGAAGCCAUAAGUGUACUCACGGAUAAGGCAGAUAAUAUAUAUGCUAUUUCAAUUUCUCUCAGCUUCCUGAAGAGCUAGAAUAAGCAACUUCUUUGGUGUCAGUGUUUCUUGCAACCUAACCUUAAAAUUUUCAGUGAAAGUGUUAAUACCUCCGGAAAAUUGAUCCAAAGUCGAAGAAACAAUGGAACAUUUCUCAGAGAGGAGGUGAUGCUUACUUGUUUCCUGAAGAAGAAGCAACUUUGCUUAUCCCUUGCAACUUCUUCAGUAAGUUUAAUUGCCAAAUAGACAGAAGAUGAAUGAGACCUGAGGAGAUAAAAACAAACUAGCAAUUAUAGAAUAUGUGUUGUGGAAGUACCGACGCGAAAAGAAGGAUAAAAAAAUAUGUUGGCGGCAUCUGUUGAGCCAAAUCUUUCUCUUCCCCUGAACAGAGAUAUAAAAAAUAAUGAUAAUUUUUUUCAAGUCAAACUCAUCGACAUUGCAGUGGGAUGCAGGCAUGUCAUCCCCAUGACAUCGUAGAAGAACAUCACCUUUUCAUCAUAAUCGGAGGUGAUAGGGGAUUUUCCAUGCGGUUUCAUCGCGAAUUGAGGUUAGAGAAUUUUAGGGUUUGGUUUGCAAUCUGGAGAGUAAAUCUGUAUAUAAAGUAGCAGGGAAAGAGUAAACGGAAUUGAAAUCAUAAAGAAGAGAUUGAUGGAUCGAGAAGUAAUGGAGUAUUGAUUGUGGAGAUGAGAAUGGAGAGAACUGAAACGAUAGAGAAGAACCCGUAAGACGAAGAGAUAGAGGAGAGAGGCGUAGUUCGUCGUGAUAUCCGUCUCGUUAUUUUUUUUUUUAAUUGAACCGGAUAGCUCAGCCCAUUGCUAACCGGUGAAGCCCAUGAGAACAGAUCAGAGCCCGUACGAAAUCAUCAGUUCAAAGAGCAGAUCCUACGUGUAUUAAUGAAAUGUUUUCAUUGGCCAAAUAUAAUUGUCGACGUGGACAUCCUAUAAUCCCUUUAUAUUUGGCUUUUAGUAUAGAAUAAAUUAUAUUUAUUAUUUGUUUUUUGUUCAUUUUGAGCUCACGAAAGUGAGGAAAAGAGUAGCUAGAUAGAAAGAGAAGGGAUUUCAAAUUGAAAGGGACGUCCGAGUCAGGAGACCAGGGGCGGAUCCAGAAAAUAAUUUAAUGUGGGUACAAUAUAUAUAAUUUUUUAACAUAAUAUAUAAAAAAAUUAUCUAAGAUAAGUUUUUUUUACAUUAAUUCAUAAAAAUAGUUUUCAGGGACGAAAAUGACCAAUUUUUUUAUUAAAUAUAAAAAUUAUAUUUAUACCUUAUGGUUAACUAAUCUGGACUUAAGAUUUAGAGUUAAGAGUGAAAUUCUAAGAUAGGAGUUCAAAUUUUAAAAAAUAAAAAGAUAAAAAAUUAUUUUGGUCAUUUUUCUAUUUAAAGACUAUUUUUGUGACAAAAACAUAAAUGUACUAUUUAAGAGAAUUACCAUGAUAUAUAUUUAUUAAAACUUUAAUUAUAUAUUAAUAGAUUGAAUUCUUCUUUAAAUUAUAUUUUAAAAAAGUUACUUGAAAAAAACUUGAGUCAAUUAAUAAGAUAAAUAGGUUAUGUUAAACACUUUUUAUUAGUUAUAUUAAUAUAAGUACUAAAGAUAAAAUUGAUAAAAUGAUUUUUAAACUAAAACUUAAAUAAAAUAAUUUAUUUUUAAAUAAAAUAAUUUAUUUUAUUGAAAAGGUGAAAACUAAUAUUAAAGUAAAGGAAGAAAAUAAAUUAUUUCUAUUUGAUUGCAAAAACACGAAGGAGAAAGGAAAACUUGUCUUACAAAAAUGUGACUAAAAUAAGAUAAACUGUACACAAUUUUUUUUAAAAGAGCUCAAGGGAUUCGAACAUGGGUUGCAUGGGGCACUUCUGAGCCUUUAAAACCAUCAGAGCUGGCAACAUUUAUACUUAACUUUGUACAAGACGCUAUUUUAACUUUAGUAUGUGGCACGUGCCACACCUUCUCUAAGGGUGGGUCCGCCCCUGCAGGAGACCAAAGCUUCGAGCCUCUCACAUGGCGUCUCCCUAUUGUCCUCUGUUGAUGAAGAAGCUCAUGAUCUUCUUUUUAUCUUCUCUACUUCACACUACUAUUGUAAACUCGGAAACGCAGUGUCGGCGUUUCAAGUCGAUCAUCAGUUUUGGUGAUUCCAUUGCCGACACAGGAAACUUGCUCGGCCUCUCUGAUCCUAACCAUCUCCCUCACGUGGCGUUUUCGCCGUAUGGGGAGACCUUCUUUCACCAUCCCACUGGCCGUUUCUCAAAUUUUGCUUACAGGAAACUUGCUCGGCCUCUCUGAUCCUAACCAUCUCCCUCUCUGAUCCUAACCAUCUCCCUCACGAUACGUGUCUAAUCAUGUAUCUUUUUGUCUUUACAGUGUGAGUGAAUGUGAAUGUACAUCGAUCUUCCGAACAACAGGAGCAUAACCGAAUCAUGGACUUGUAAUUGUUUCUGGUUUUCACCCUUCUUGAAAUGACAACAAAAAAUCACAACGAAAAUUAUGUAAUAUUUUGGUUACCAAACCGCUAUCUUUAUCUUGUAGUAUAAAGAAACAGAACAGAUGAUAGUUUUCUUUUGUACUCCUGGUUGGAAUCUUGAGAUGAAACCAACAGAAGAAUUACUGAUAGUUAUCUUCUGCUCUUUCCUUGUUAUAUUGUUUAUGUAUAUACCACUCUUCCGUAUUAUGGGUAGGCAUAAUCGAAUAUCCAAUUUUUUAAAAAGUAUUCGUGAUCCGAUCUAUUUCGUAAGAUUUGAUUUGACCCAUAGUCCAGAAAAUAUAUGUCUUUAAACGGAUAUUAGAUUCAAUCCGUUCAAAUAAAUUAUAUAAAAUUAAAUCAAAAUUAAUAUAAAAUAAUUAUCUUUUAUUUCUAAAAUAUUUAUUUAAAGCUCUAAUAACUAAAAUAAUUAAUUUUUUUAAUAAAAUAUCAUAACUUAUAUAAAAUAUAAUUAUAUACAUAUAUAUAUAUAUAUAUAGUUUUAUAAAUAUAUGUAUAUAUUUGCAUAUAUUGGAUCAAAAUGAACAUUCAUUUUUCUAAAGAAAAUAGUAUAUCUGAUUUACUUUGUUUUUUUUACGGAUAUUGCAUAUUAGUAUUUGUUUUGUUUCGUGGAAUUACGAAUAUCCAAUUUUUUUGGUUCAAAUCAAACAGAUAACAUAUUAAAUCAAAUUUUACUGAUAUUUUCUUCAUACCUUUAAGAGUAUUUUCAACUUAUUGCUAUUUUUAUUUCUAAAAUAAAGUAAAAUUGCUCCAACCCACGUUUAUUUAUUAUAUUCUAUAAUAUAGAUUGCUAUAUUUUCCUUUAUUUAUAAAGGAAGCAAUAUCUUUUUUUUUCUUUUACUUUAUAUUUUGAGAUUGCUAUUUUAGAGUAAUACAUUGAAGUAUAUCUUACCUCUAUUAUAAUACAUUGGAAAUGGUCUAAAUAUGUAUAACUUCUUUUCAUGAUUAUUCUUUUAUGAAUGGUAACGUUCAUGUCUAACACAUGAAAACAUCUAAAAGUAAAACCACCAAAGUGUGGUUAAACCUUAUUGGUUCUUUAACUUACAGCUUAUAUGGCUCUGUUCACAGCUGAUUCUUAGGGGUUUCCGAUUGUGCCUCCUUUUUAUGGACCUCCAAACGCAAACUUUGAAAAGGUAGUCAAUUUCGCGGUAGGGGAAGCAACAGCACUGGAACGUUCUUUUCUCGAGGAGAGAGGGAUUCAUUUUGCUUACACCAACGUCAGUUUAGGAGUUUACACCAACGUCAGUUUAGGAGUUCAGCUUAAGAGCUUCAAGGAUGCUUUGCCUAACAGGGGCGGAGGUAGUGAAGGAGGUGUGGGGUCAACUGACCCCACUACUUUUUUAAAAAAUAUUUCUUUUUUAUUUAAGAAAAUCUGUACUGACUUCAUAAAAAAAAGAAAAUUUGACCCCACUAAAAAUAUAACUUCACAAAAAUAAUCACAAAACAUUAAAGAUUGAAAAUAAUUUAAAACUAUAUAAAUAAUAUGUUUAUUUUAUUUGUGAAACAUUUGAUUUAUAUUAAUUUUAGCUUAAAUUUCAAUAAACAUGUUUUUUAUAUUAAAUGUUAGUUACAUAUUUCAAUAAAACCCAAAUUGUUUUAGGUCCAAUAAUUAUUAUUUUUUUUGAAAUUAAUGAGUGAAUUUGAAAAAAAGUGAUUUGUGCUUCUUUUUUGGACAAACGCAAAAAGAAAGAACUCUCAUGUUACCCAAAGUUUUCUAUUUUUUUUUGUUAUACACUCUCCUCUUUAUUUUACCAAACUAGAAAUGAUUAUGAUUAACUAAUUCAAUAAAAAUGUUUAAGGUUUAUAUUCAUGAUCUGAGUAUUUUUUAAAACUAAUUUUGUUUUUACAAGUAGAUUAAUCUUUAAAAUUUACCAGUUAACUAAUGGAUCAGUUUCUGAAUCGGCGAAAAAAUAUCAGCAAGUGAAAAUUGUCAAAAAAUAGUAUUACAAUAUCGCAGUAGUAAUGAGUACCUAAAAUUGUUCUGAUUUGUUUUAUCGAAAAUAUUUUAAAUUGUAGUAAAUAAUUAUGAUAAACAAGUUUUAAAAUAUGAAUGAUCAUAGAAUAUAUUUAUAGUUUUUUGUGGUUAUAAAUUAUGUAUUUGGAAAAAAAAAUUUGACCCGGUUACAAAAAAUUUCUGGCUCCGCCACUGGCCUAAGCUAUGUGGCUCCCCAUCAGGUGUGUAAGUUCAACACCUUUCUUUUAUGUACUUGGUUUGUGCUUAGAGUUCCAACUUGUUUAUGUUAACCGCCAAGAUGCACAACCAUUCCAGCUAACUUGUAGUAAUAGUUUACUUUGUUAAAUCAUUGUUUUAGACUGCAGAGAUAUGAUCAAAAAUGCUUUGAUCCUCAUGGGAGAAAUUGGAGGGAACGACUAUAAUUACGUUUUCUUUGUGGGCAAAACCAUUGAAGAGGUCAGAGACAUAAACUAAUAUAAUACUAUUCAUUAUAACAAACUAUAAAUUAGCUAUUUGAAAUAAACUAAUACAUAUUAAAAUAUUAUGCCACAUAUUCUAUAAAAUAUUAUUUUAAAGCCUCAAGCAGAAUAUUUAAUAUAAAACACAUAAUUUUUCUUGAAAAUAUAUAUUCUUAGAAUUAUGUUCUAAUCUUACUUCUACGUAUUUAAUUAUUUAUAUAAUUAUAGUGUGUGAAAUUAACCUAACCGCAUGGAAUUUAAUUCAUUGGUAUUAUUUGUUUGAGAAUUAUGAGUAUAUCUUAAAAUUUUGAUCAAUAUACUGACGUCUAAUUCAUUAUGUUUAUAUAUAUAUAUAUUUUUUUCUUUGAGAAAAGAUUGAAACACAAUAAUUAAAUAUACGAACUCUAUAUAAUAUUUCUAAAUAUAUAUAAUUUCCACUAAUUAAAACCUCUUACAAAUUGAUUGAUUUAUAUAUAUUAUGUUACAUAUCAUAUAACAAAUAUGAUUUUAAAUAUUUGGUCGAGAAAAAUAUUUAGAUUUCUAUCCUAAUUAUUAUUUUUAUUAAGUUGAAAUAACAUGAUAAAUUUAAAUUGAUAACUCUCAGUUAAAAUCAUAAGAACAUGACAAAUAACUAAAUUAUCUAAAAUUAUGGAAAAAAAUUUAAAUAAGCAAAAUCAGUUCUCGUAUAAUAAUAUAGAUAGAUGUUCAUGUUACAAAAAUAAUUUUAUAAUUUACUAGUUUAUUUAACUAUUUUAUUAUUAAUUAAGAAACUUAAUUAUACUUAUGGAAUAUAUAAAAAAAAAUUAGAAGUGCUUUUUCUUUUGAAGCCCAUAAAAACUCGUUGGGUAUAAUAUGGCCUUAUAAUGUGCCUAAUAACUAGUGAAGCCGAAACCGUUAAUUACAUCUUCUACUUUUAGAGUAUGUAGCCUCUGUAUCUUGUUAAAAACCCUAAAUUCAUUCCUCAACAACCCUUACAGCAUGGCCGAAGAGCUCGUCUUGAAAGGCACAGUGUGCGCCCCCACUGAUAUGGUCACCAACAUGAUCGUAACUUCGCUGCCAAACAAGUCAAUCCCUAUUGAAACAACGACGAAGAUCUCCGAUCUUCCGGUAAAUUUGGUAGAGGAGAUUCUCUCUAGGGUUCCCUUGAAAUAUAUGAGAGCAGUGCGGUUAACUUGCAAAGAGUGGGACACUUUAUCCAAGAGUCCAAUCUUUUCAAAAAUGCACGCUGAUAAAAUAAGAUCAGAUGAGUCUAUGAUGAUGAUCGCAAUGAUAGAUUACAAUCUUUAUCUCAUGAGGGUCGUUUUCUUUGUUAAUGAAGAUCCACACCUAGAGCGUAAAGGUAAGCUUACUUGCCAAGACAUACAAAGUAAGAUAUCUCAAGUUUUCCAUUGUGACGGUCUAUUGUUAUGCGUCUUGGAAGAAGAUGCUACCAAAGUUAUUGUUUGGAAUCCUUAUUGGGGUCAAACAAGGUCCAUAGAUUGUAGAUACUCUCACCGCCCAUACAGAUGGGACAGGUUUACUUAUGCUCUCGGAUACGAGGACAAGGGCUCUUGUCGUAGCUACAAAUUCUUGAGGUUUAUAGAUAAGUACUACAAUGCACCCAUAGACCAGUUUUUAUGGUAUGAGAUUUACGAUUUCGAGUCUAGUACAUGGAAGACUCUUGAUGUCACUCCACACUGGCGUAUACUAUUUAGUCAGCGUGGCGCGUCUCUCAAAGGUAACACUUACCGGCCUGCUUCACAAAGAAACACAAACGAUGUGCUUGACGAUCACAUCAUCUGUUUCGAUUAUACAAGUGAGAGUUUCGGUCCUCUUCUGCGUCUCCCGUUUGACGCUGGUGAGGAUGACUAUGUGACUUUAUCAUGUGUUAGAGAAGAGAAGCUUGCGGUUUUACUUACUCACAACGAAGCAGGUCCAAUGGAGUUUGAUAUAUGGAUUACCACUAAGAUUGAGGCCGACAAGGUAUCGUGGAGCAAGUUCUUGAGAGUGGAAACGGAAACGGGAUUUUUUGCUCUGGUUAAUUGUGAUAGUUUCUUCAUUGACGAGGAGAAGAAAGUCGCAAUGGGUUACCACAAUACAUUUAACAUUGUUGGAGAAGUUGGAUACUUGAAAAAGCUGGAGCUCGUAGAACGUGCAGGCACAGACGUAGGCUACUGUAAGUCAAACGGGUGCUCAUAUGUUCCAAGUCUAGUGCAAAUCAAGCAAUCUGCUGCAGGAGGAGGAGGUGAAAGGAAACGACAGAGCGACUUAGAAAAGCAACGAUAUGAUCAAAAUAUGUCGAGACUUGCCACUAUUGAAAAUCGUAGCAGUGUGUGAUACUCUGCAAACGAGGAAAAAAACUAGAUGAUUAGUCUUUCAUUUAACUCUCUUCUAAUGCAGUGUGUAUUUAUUAAGAUGUCUAGAUAUUCUCACCGUCCUGGUGGAUGUUACGGGUUCGGUUACGCUCUUGUCGUAGCUAUAAAUUCUUCUUUCUUUUUUUAAGCAGAAAUAUUUUGUAUUUGCGGAUAAUUGAACCAAGCAGCUAUUACUAGCUAUAAAUUCUUGAGGUUUAUAACAUUACAAUGCACUCAGAAACCAGUUUUCAUGGUAUGAGCAAGAAUAUAAUCAAAAGGAGAUGAUUAGUUUCAAUACCGCCAGCUCGGAAACUAAGAGCACCAGCAUUAAUGAACCCCCGGUUGGGGUUCAUAAUUUGAAUUUCUUAUUAUUUUUUUUAUUUUUCGUUUGAUUUAAAAAAAAUAAAUAAAUAAAUAAAUUGACCAAUAGCGGACUGCUACGUGGCGUGGGGUUCGCUGAACAGUGACGAUCCGGGUUCAUGCGGAAGGAGCGUGGCGAGACAGGGUCAUUACUGUAGCAUAUUAUAAUAUUUGUUUUUUCUGGAGAAGCGUGUGAACUCCACUCACAAACCGUCAAUGCUGGUGCUCUAAGUGCCAGAACUUCAAACCCCGAUCAUAAGUUUCAGCUUUUUGAUUGCCUACAGCCUCUCUGAUCCUAAGGACCUUACCAAAAAUAUUAUUUUGUAAAAUGAAAACUUGUUAACAUGCUAUUAGCAAGUGAGAUGAAGAAAAGUAUCAGAGCAAGUUUAAGACAUGAUGAAGCUUAUCAACUGAUUUUAUUGAUUUUACAUAGUGUACUAUAUGAAAAAGAAGUGAUUAACAAGAAGUCAAGUAUGGUAGGAGUAGGACUGUACGCUCGUAUAUACCACAGAAAAUAAAACAUGUUUACAAUCACAUUUGUAUUCUAACAAUAUUCGUUUUUAUAUC